UUUUGUGAAGCAACAUAAGCAAAAACGUUUUCCUUUUCCUCUCAUCUCAGCAAACCAAUAAAAUCCUUUACUUGCAUGACUCCAUGCCAACACCAUAAUUAGCACCUUCCUCAUUCUCCUAUAAAUCAACCAACCCCUUCCCUCCCCAACCACAACACACAAAACCCUCUUUCUUACACACAACCCAUGGCACAAUAUAGAGUUGACGCAGAAUAUGUCAAAGAAAUCGACAACACUCGUAGUGAUCUCCGUUCUCUUAUUUCCAACAAAAAAUGCGCUCCUCUCAUGCUUCGAUUAGCAUGGCACGAUGCUGGUACCUACGAUGCAAAAACAAGAACCGGAGGUCCAAAUGGUUCUAUCAGGAAUCAACAAGAGCUUAAUCAUUCUGCUAACAAAGGCUUGAAAACCGCUGUUGAAUUAUGUGAGGAAGUUAAAGCUAAACACCCCAAAAUUUCAUAUGCGGAUCUUUACCAGCUAGCUGGUGUUGUGGCAGUAGAGGUCACUGGUGGUCCAGCCAUUCACUUUGUUCCUGGUAGAAAGGAUUCAUUGGAAUCUCCCGAAGAAGGUCGACUUCCGGAUGCUAAACAAGGUGCAUCGCAUUUAAGAGAGGUUUUUUAUCGCAUGGGUCUGAAUGAUAGAGACAUUGUAGCUCUCUCCGGAGGCCACACUUUGGGUAAGGCACAUAAGGAUCGCUCUGACUUUGAAGGUCAAUGGACAAGAGACCCUCUCAAGUUUGAUAACUCUUAUUUUGUGGAAUUAUUGAAAUCGGAAUCGAAAGACUUGCUGAAGCUUCCCACUGAUAAGGUUCUAGUUGAAGAUCCAAAGUUUCGUAAAUAUGUUGAACUCUAUGCCAAGGAUGAGAAAGCUUUUUUCAGAGAUUAUGCAACAUCGCACAAGAAACUCUCAGAACUAGGCUUUAAUCCCAAUGGCAAUUAUCGUUCCAAAUUGGCUAAGGCAGUUUUAGGAGUGGUUAUUGCAUCAACUGUUGUGGUUCUGGGUUACUUGCUUGAACUCAACAAAAAAAUCAACUGAAAGAUUGAUAUUUGUUAUUGAACUAUACUUUAUUUGUUCACCAUAAAAGCAUUUACAUACUGCUUGAGUUUAAUUUAAUUUACAAUUUCAUAGAGUGUA